GAAGAGCAAUUAACCGACCCCUCACUAAUACAAGAUAAACGAAUACGAUAUAAUGAGCCCAUGUGAUAUGCUUAACUCUGAAAUGCAUUAGUAAUUCCUCCCAAAUCCAACAUUUAUAGCCUUUUAGUGACUCUCCGGAACCGUAGGGGGCGAUAGCAAGCCAAAAAGUGACGCUUUAACGAUCAAAGAAGAAUAUUUAGGUUUAGCUUCAUUAGCUUGUUAUAAGAAUUUAAUUUGUUUACAAUGUGGAGUUUCGUCAGGCUAGAAUCUUCGCAAGUCUUGUAUUUGUUGUUUUACGUCUCACAUUAGGUUCACAUGCAGACGACAAGUUGCUACAGUCGAUGUUCGUCGUCGUCUGUUCCGUCGCCAGCCGGUGAGCUGGCUUCAUAGUUUGUUGUUCAGUUUGAACAAACGUUUUUACAUCAUCUAGCAAUAUGCGCGUCGACUUUGACUUUGAGUGGUUGUUUGAGGUUUUAUGCCAAAAUUCCAUUUUACGACCGACGUGACAUCUGUGAAGAAAGUGCAGCUUCAAAUCAUCAUAAAAGAUGGAAGGUGGGAACUUCGGUUCCUCGGGCAACCCCGUGGAGCUUGCGCUCCCGGGCCAACAGGACUCUCGGUCGGUGGUGAGCCGCUUCCAGCAGCGCUACUGGAAAACCAAGCAGACGCUCAUCAGGGCGAGCGGCAAGAAGGAGGACCAGCACGUGGUGGCCUCGGACGCCGACUUGGACGCCAAGCUGGAGGUGUUCCACUCCAUACAGAGGACGUGCAUGGAGCUACUAAAGGUGAUCGAGCAGUACCAGAGGAGGAUCUGCUUCCUUUCCCAGGAGGAGAACGAGCUUGGUCGCUUCCUGCGCUCUCGGGGCUCUCAGGACAAAAGCCGGGCGGGAAAGAUCAUGCAGGCCACCGGCAAAGCUCUCUGCUUCUCCUCCCAGCAGAGAGCGGCGCUGAGGAAGCCUCUGUGCCGCCUGUACCAGGAGGUGGAGACGUUCCGCUUCCGAGCCAUCUCGGACACGUGGCUGACGGUCAAGCGCAUGGAGAAGAGCCGCACAGAGUACAGGGGAGCUCUGUUGUGGAUGAAGGACGUCUCGGCCGAGCUGGACCCGGACACGCGCAAGCAGAUGGACAAGUUUCGCAAGGUCCAGGCAGAGGUCCGCUCCACUAAGCACAUCUUUGACCAGCUGAAGACGGACGUGUGUCAGAAGGUGGACCUGCUGGGAGCCAGUCGCUGCAACCUGCUGUCCCACAUGCUCGCCACCUACCAGACCACCCUGCUGCACUUCUGGGAGAAGACGUCUCACACCAUGGCCGCCAUCCACGAGAACCUCCGAGGCUGCCCGCGCUACGAGGAGCCGUCGAGGCGCAAGAAGAAGAGGAAAAAAAAUAAAGCGGAGCCAAAAGAAGGAGACAAGUCCACACAUGAAGAAUUGGUCUCGCUGGGGAAUGAAAACAGUAGCAGUACACCACAAGAAGUUACCGGAGAAGCGUGCGUCUCACGCUGGGAGCUCGCGGAUGAGGACAAGGACGCCUCGGCCUUGCUGGAGGAGAUCUUGGGAGGCGUGUCGCUUCACGACCUCGUCCCCGCGCCCCCGCAGUGGAGUCCGGUGUUCGGAGACGCCGGGGGCGGCACGGCCGCCGCCGCGGACCCCCGCUCGCUUUUUCUGCCGUCGCAGCUCCUGGACCGCAACUUGAACACGCUGCAGUCUGCUGCUGCUCAGCUCUCAGAGGGGGCUGGGGCCGGCUCGCAGCCUGUCGCCACGGCAACGGAGCACCCCCGAGGAGCCAGUGGACUGAAAGCAAGUUGUUCCGGACCAUCCAAGGACCUGUCUGCGUGGUUCAACCUAUUUGCGGACUUGGACCCACUGGCCAACCCGGAUGCGCUCGGCAAAAGCAUCGGCGAGCAACAACUUCACAACGCUUAGCGACUGUUCGUAGCCAUCGACGCUUGCCAGACAGCUUUUCUCCGAAGCCGUAAAGAAGCGAUCCUCCCUUGAACGCAACAUUAAAGGUGCACUCUCGGAGCUUCCUGUCCGUACAAAAAUGCUAAAUUAAGGUGGGUGUAGACAGGAAGUCUCAAGGAAUCAUUUUGGACUGCAUUUCAGUGGGAAGAUUAUAAUUUUAUGCUAACCCAAAGAUGACAAAACGCUUUAACGUAAACGCGGGCGUGGUGGAAAUAAUAAACGCAUAUCAUGACAAUA